UCCAACUUUUAAGUUUGAAUUUGCUGGAUGUCAACUUUUAAGUUCCCUCAAAUUGAACUUACUAGCCACUUGCCUGUUGAAUGUAAGUUAUAAUCGGUUCAUGUCUGCUAUGUUGAUGGAAAUAUAUAUAAUCAUCUGAUGCAAGAUUUCGCCAAAAUUUGCAAAAGAUUCAAAACCAGACUAUGGAUAAUCAAAUCAAGAUAAUGAAAUGCAAUAGAAGAAUUCUUGCUAACAACUUGCAGCAGCUGGAACCUGCUCAGCUUAAUAGAAUUAGAAACCAAGUUCAGUUUCUGUUUGCACUGCAGGGCCAUCGCUAUUGCUGUUGCCCCAUCUAGCUGGCUAGCCCCUGCUAGAGGCCGUUGACGUUGUACUAUGCCUUCUUUUCCCGCCUUUUUUCGAAAUAUUCUACUUUCAUGGAUUGUUUUCUCUCCUUCACGUUUUGGGCUCUCAAGUACUCUCAAGAAAUCCUUCUCUUCCUUCAUGGGUAUCGUGAAUUAUGCCGGAAUGGGUACUUUGUCGUGGAAGUCAAUGAUCUCGUAUCACAUCCAAAAUGAACGAUUAGAGGAAGCACGUCGGCUAUUUGAUGAGAUCACUUCUCCCGAUGUUUAUCUCUAUACGAUGAUGAUUGCACGUUAUUCACGAAGCCAAAGACUUGAUGAUGCAUUGGAAUUAUUCUGCAAAAUGCCGGUCAGGGAUGUUGCUUCUUGGAAUUCAAUGAUGAAGGGAUGUCUAGAUUGUGGUAAUUUAGUUAUUGCUCGGAAGCUUUUUGAUGAAAUUCCGGAGAGAAACGUUAUCUCUUGGACCACAAUCCUGAAUGGGUUCUUGCAAUUUGGAAAAAUUGAAAUGGCUGAGGUUUUGUUUCAUAAGAUGCCUUGGAGGGAUACUGCUGCAUGGAACUCGAUGAUUUUUGGAUAUUGUAGUAAUGGAAGAAUUGAAGAUGCUCUGAAGUUGUUUGAGGAGAUGCCUUCUCGGAAUGUGAUAUCAUGGACCACAAUGAUCGGUGGGCUUGAUCAAUAUGGGAUGAGUGGUGAAGCCUUGUCUCUCUUUCAGGAGAUGCAGGAUUCAGGGUUAAUAAUACCUACUGCAAGCACAUAUUCUUCUGCUCUAACGGCUUGUGCAAACAUACCGGCAUUAGAUCAAGGUGUUCAACUUCAUGCACAUCUUGUCAAGUUAGGGUACGUCUUUGAUGCUUUUAUCUCUACUUCACUCAUCACAUUUUAUGCAAACUGUAAGCAAAUUGAAAACUCUCACAAGAUUUUCCAAGAAAACCUUCAUAUGAAUGUGGUUAUGUGGACAGCCCUUAUAACAGGUUAUGGUCUAAACAGUAAAUAUGAAGAAGCAUUGGUUGUGUUUAAUGAUAUGAUUAAGGUAGGAAUAGUUCCCAACCAAUCCACUUUCACUAGCACUUUAUACUCAUGCAGUGGGCUAGAAGCUCUUGAUAGAGGAAAAAUGAUCCAUGCACAAGCUGUCAAGCUUGGAUUGGAUUUUGAUGUGUUUGUGGGUAAUUCUCUUGUUGUCAUGUAUUCUAAAUGUGGAAACAUAGAUGAUGCAGUAGUCCUCUUCAAUAAAAUGAGCAAGAGGAACAUUGUUUCAUGGAAUUCUAUUAUUGUUGGAUGUGCACAACAUGGGUAUGCCAUUCAAGCUCUUAAGUUCUUUGACCAAAUGGUACAUGAGGAGAUACAUCCAGAUGAAAUCACAUAUAUUGGCUUGCUUACUGCCUGUAGCCAUUCUAGGAUGUUAGAUAAGGCAAUGCAUUUUUUUGAGAAAUUGAAUCAGGAUAAGUCCAUUGUUGUGAAGCUUGAGCACUAUGCAUGCAUGGUAGAUGUCUUUGGCCGAUGUGGGAAACUGGAGGAGGCAGAGGAAUUUAUCAGAAACAUGCCAGUGAAAGCAAACUCUAUGGUAUGGCUAGCUUUGCUUAGUGCUUGUAGGGUGCAUGCUAACUUAGAAGUGGCCAAAAGAGCUGCACAGUAUGUUUUUGAUCUAGAACCACAUAAUAGUGCAGCUUAUAUUUUAUUGUCUAACUUAUGUGCUUCGGCUAGUAGAUGGAAUGAUGUUUCACAAAUAAGAGGGAUGAUGAAACAGAAAGGAAUUGUAAAGAAUCCAGGUUGUAGUUGGGUCACAAUGAAGGGGUCAAGGCAUGAGUUUCUUUGUGGAGAUAGGUCCCAUCCAUUGAGUGAAAAAAUAUAUCAGAAGAUGGAUUUUUUGGGUGGAAAAUUGAAGGAGCUUGGCUAUGUCCCUGAUCGAAGUUUUGCCUUGCAUGAUGUGGAGGAUGAACAGAAAGAAGUAAUUUUAUCUUAUCAUAGUGAGAGACUUGCUAUUGGUUUUGGGUUGGUUACUACUGUCGAAGGUAGUACCAUAAGAGUGAUGAAAAACCUUCGUGUAUGUGGGGAUUGCCAUUCUGCCAUCAAGCUUAUAGCAAAAAUUAUUGGGCGUGAGAUCAUUGUAAGAGAUUCUAGUCGUUUCCAUCACUUUAGGAAUGGCAACUGCUCUUGUGGGGAUUAUUGGUAGCGCUAUUGUGAAUUUUGUUCUUUAAGAUGUUUUGGGAGGAAUAGUGCAUCUGAUGACUGUUAAGCAUAUGAGUCACAACAUGUAUAAAUGCUUCAUUUUGUUUUCAGAGGUCAGAACUAAAUUUGUACAUAUUGAGAAGUUGAUGUUUAAUUCAGAGAACAUUUCUUGGAUGACGAUGGCCAUUGCCUACAAGACACAGGAGAGAAGUGAUAGAGAUCAUGGAAAUGUUGUUGAAAAGCAUUUAAAGUCGGUUGGUGCUUGAUUUUGUUUUCUUUUAUUUUUCUUUAAUUUCAAGUAGAAGAGAGUUAGUGGACCCUAUAUUGAACUUAAUAUUUUGUUACUGUUGAUUAUUUGAAUAAAUGAA